UUCAAGAUGGUGGACAGUUGGUAAAAUUCUAGCGCAUGGUGGUCACUGAUGGUGGUAUACUUGUGGUAUAACUGUGAAUUCCAGUUUUUAACGGCUGAUUUUUAACUGUAUUUGGUAGUGCGAACAGUAUUUGAUUCUUAACCACGUUUUAAAGAAGGUCAAGCAACCCUGUGAUUUGUCACCAAGGAUUUUCGAUACAAAGUAUAGUUCGUUGGCGCAAACUAUGCUGUAGACUGUAGAGCCUUUAAAGUAAGGAUUGAGGUUGGAUAUUGUGGUUUUAUUGAACAUGUCGGAAGGGGACACAUGGUCUGAGCUUCAGGCACAUAAAAAGAAGCAAGAUAGUUUACGAGAAAGAAUACAGAGAAGAAAGAAAGAAAGGCAAGGGAUCUUAUCUGCAGCAAGUGAAGGUGGUUCCGGCAAAACAGAUGAUAAAAAAUCAACAACUUUAACUUUGGAUGACUCAAGCACACCAAAAGAGGCUCCUGCAGAGGUGAAGCAAGAAGCUGCACCAGCAGUUAGGAAGACCAAUCCAUUGCUAGAGAAAUGGAUACUAGUUCAUUUAUCUGACAAGAAUCUCUCCAUGCCUGUCAAUUCUUUACAGUUAAAUGUUGUUUGUUCAAAGGCUGCUUCAGAGUUGGAUGAUUCUGUUUCUCAUGAAGAUGUUACUGGCCUGGUAGAAAAGCUUGCCAUUCAAAAUUUUAUAAAAACUAAACCUGGGUUAUCAAGUGAAGGAAUACCGUGUGUUCUUGUGACGGAAGUGGAUUAUUCAAAGCUGGAGGCAAUUGUUGAAGAGUUGAAAGCCACUUCAGUGCCGUCAAGUGUUCCUGGACAGGGGUCUAAGAAAAGAAAAAGAGACAGAAACAGAUCAAGAGAAAGUUCUAAAUCACGGGAUGCUUCUCCAGUCAGCAAAGACAAGAAAAAAAUUCAUAACGAUGACAUCCAGUCGAUGCUUUCUACAAUGACGACAAUUCAAACUGAGACAAAGAAAGUUGGUGAAGAUAUUCUGGAUUUACUGAAUAUUAAAUCUGCUAAGGAGCAGUUGAUAGUUGAGAAAUUUAAAAGCCAGGGAGGUGCGAAUGUCCAGGAGUUCUGUGAACAUGGCACCCGUGAGGAAUGCAAGAGAAACAGAAGUAGUGGUGAUAACUGUAAAAAGGUUCAUUUUCGGAAGAUUAUUCAGAAACAUACAGAUGAAUCACUCGGAGAUUGCUCUUUCUUAAACACUUGCUUUCAUAUGGAUACUUGCAAGUAUGUGCAUUACGAGGUUGAUUACACCGGUGUUUCAAAAGACCGAGACAAAAAGAUAGGGGAGAAAGAUAAGAAUGAGAAGUCAAUGUCAACACCAGGUGGAAAUAUUACUCUUAUUCCACCCCAGUGGAUUCAGUGUGAUCUUAGAUACUUGGACUUCAGCGUUAUAGGAAAGUUUAGUGUUGUCAUGGCUGACCCACCGUGGGAUAUUCAUAUGGAGCUUCCUUAUGGAACAAUGCAAGAUGAUGAAAUGAGGAAACUUGCAGUUCCUAAACUUCAGGAUGAAGGAUACAUCUUUUUAUGGGUCACUGGCAGGGCCAUGGAACUUGGAAGAGAAUGCCUUAGGCUUUGGGGAUAUGAUCAAUGCGAUGAACUGAUCUGGGUCAAAACUAAUCAACUUCAACGUUUGAUUCGAACCGGAAGGACUGGCCAUUGGCUUAACCAUGGCAAAGAACAUUGCUUGAUUGGUGUGAAAGGAAAGGCAAAAAAUAUGAACAAUGGUUUAGAUUGUGAUGUGCUUGUUGCUGAAGUGAGAUCAACAAGUCACAAGCCAGAUGAAAUUUAUGGUCUCAUUGAGCGUCUCUCGCCUGGAACUAGGAAAGUUGAAUUGUUUGGACGACCCCACAAUGUGCAACCAAACUGGUUAACCUUGGGGAACCAGCUUGAUGGAGUAAGGCUCAUGGAAGCAGAUGUGGUUGAAAGAUUUAAAGAGAAGUAUCCUAAUGGUAUACAGCAACUGGCAAUCACAAAAUAAAAUGGAGGUAAAGAUGAUGGCUUUUAGUUGGUGCCCCACUGGUCAAUGAUACAGCAGAUGCUAUUUUAAAAUGUGAAUAAGGUUUCUAUCGGGGAUAUCAGGUGAUCUCACCAACAGGAUAUAUUGACUAAGGCAUAUGGUGCACAUUUGAACACAGUCAUAACCAGAAUUAUGCCAUGGACAAAUGGGUUUAAGUCUUAUUAAUGACAUGUGGAAUAUUCAAGAUAUUUGACAUUGUAGUGUUGUUAUACGAGGAUUUGCAGUACAUUAGAUGCUAGAAAAUAAGACUUGAAAAGUGGACCUCAUAACAACUACAAUGUAUACAACAUCAGUUUUAAUUAGGUAAAAUAAAUUGAGAUAUUUACAAUGGAAUUGAUUUGGUGCAUUCAGCCAGAGCAGUUUUUCUUAAAUAUGUACAUACAUACACUAUAACAUUAGAUAAACAUCCAUAAACUUUCAUGAUUUGAAACAAUAACUUUGGUCAAAUAUUUUUGCUUAAACUUGAUGCAAAUUCAAAUUCUUCAAAUUCAAAGACAAAUUCUUAAAGCUUAAAUCGAUUGAAGUGCUGAGUAUGUUAGACUGGGAUGAGCCCAAAAUUUCUAAUUGGUGAAAAGUAUAUAUUGAAAAAUUUUGCAAAAAUUCCAUGACCAAGUACGUAAAUA